AUGUUCUCCAGUCCCUCUCCAGCACCGGGCUCACGUGCACUAGCUGCCAACGCCCUUCGCAGUGCAGGUCUCAUCGACAGAGACAGAGAUGCCACAAUGCGCGACGCAACCGACAAGCCUGGCGGUCGGAAAGGCUCAUCCAAGAUUCGUUCGCACCGAAUACGCCCGAUUGACGCAUUCAAAGAUGGCGCCGGUCCAAGCCACAGGGUAAUUAUAACGCUCAUUUCUCUUACUUUCUGGACAGGGAAGGGCACCUCGCACACAUUGCUCGGUCCUGUCGCCAUCCCUCCUCCCCCCUUUUAA